AUGGAAUUGGAAAAAAUUGCCAAAGUCAGGAAAAAUUCCGCGGAGGCGGCGGCGACGACGACGACGACUCAAGAAGAGGAAAAUCAUUUUCAAUCAAGGCUCGGAAGGGAUUUGCUACCAUCGGAAAUAGAAUUUCAAUCGAGAAAAUUAAACGAUGCAACGGUUGAAAGAUCGAAAAAAAACGAAAGUGAUCAUCAUCACCACGACCAUGUGAAAAACCUUUCUUCGAGUGAUGACGAUGAUCAAACCAACAGAACGACAGCCGCGUUCCUUACUAAUCAAGAUGGCGACGAAAAUGAGGCGACGACGUAUAAUUUUUAUCCGAGCAGAAGAGGAGGAACGACAAAGAAAAAAACCACAGCGAUCAAUCAACCGUAA